AUGGAGGACACUAAAGAGAAAAAGAAAAUCAAAAGAUCUAGAAACGGCUGUCAUCGGUGUAAGAAGCAGAAGAUAAAGUGCGAUGAAAAGAAACCAUCUUGUUCGUAUUGUUUAAAGUCCGGUAUAGCAUGCGACUAUUCCAUGAAAUUAACAUGGGGUGGAAGACCCUUCAAGAAUCUUGAUAAAAGACAAACAUUUGCUGAAGAUGAUGCGAAGCCUUCUAAAAGGAAAAGAUCGAUAUCAAAGGGCUCCAAUGUAGGGGUCCUGUUUGUUGUAAAUACUUUUGAUAAAAACCUGAAGGUUACGCAGGAAACUCAUCUUGAUACUACCCCUUUGAAGAAAUCCAAAUCUGAAACUUACAGUGAUAAUGACAAAGACGCUAGUAAUAUGGUAGGAGCUACGGAUAUGAAUCGAUCAAUUUCAAUGCCAGCUAAUAAUCAAAAUCAAAUUAUGUCUUUCAACUCACCCCAGGAGGAAGACUUACUAAAUGCAUUGGGAAACCCGACUUCCACUCAAAAUCAUCAGCAGCACCAUCUACUUGGUCCUCUAAUACAGACUCCAAACACUGGUACUCCAGGUAGUCCCGGAGACAAAUUUUCUUUAAUUGAACACUUUCCUGGAAUUUCCGAUGGAAUUGAAAGCUUGUCUCAUGCACUUGAAAGCAUUGCCAGCGGUGGGAACCAGUUCAACAUUAAAAACUCAGAAAUAUUCAAUAAUUUCGUCCUAUCGAACCUUGAAGAUAAAAAGGAAGAAGAAUCACAACCGAACAUUCAAUCUCAAGUAGGCCAAUCUCCUCUCAGACAAGAAUUUAAAACCAUCGAAUUAAAAGCCGACCCAAAUCAGGCUGUGACUCCUACGAGUUUCACUCCAAUACCUACUACUGGCUGGGAUAAUCUCCAUCUUGAAAACUAUUCAGCAGAUCUUUCUAAAAUUGAACAGAUAAUGCCACACACCAAGGCAAACUUUUUAGAAGAGUUUCUCUCGCCAGCUUCCUCUUCAAUGUUCUCUAGAAAAGUCCCAGCUUCCUCCGUUGAGAGUAGUAAAGAAAGAGAAUCUCCAGAUAAUGGUUCGCAAUUGCAGAAUAUCAACCCUUUGGAUGCUUUGAACAUAAUCCCACCUUCAAUGUCUCCUUUACCUGAGAUUUUGUUGCAGGUGCCUUACUAUCGAGAUUUAUUCCACUUUUGGAUAACCGUUGCCUCUGAUCACUUAGUUCCUGCUCCUUCAACUAUGUACCAUGAAAAUCCUUUUAAAGUUAUCUUACCGAGAAUGGCGAUGGAGUCUCCAUCCAUUUUAACGACUAUUUUGGCGUUUGCAGAAUCUGUCAGAGCGCAAUACGACUUCUCCAUGAAUGAAGCUAAAGUGAUAAUAGACCAACUUUUAGCUAGAUCUUGUACUGAGCUUCUAAAAUUGCUUCAAGACAAAAACAAGGCAACUUCAGAUGCUACAUUGGCAACGGUCUUAUUACUCUCCUGCUUGGAGGUAUUUAGUUGUGGGAACUUUGAUAGACACAGAGCACAUACGCUAGGAGCAAGACAAAUCAUUUUAUCAAGAGGAUUAAAGAUUUCCAAGAACAAGAAGUUCAAGGAGGUUAAGAAUGAACAGGAAAUAAAAUUGGAGGAUGAAAAUGUGAAUCUGAGUUUGAAUAAAGAUUCUGAUUCUGUAACUGAUAAAGCCAAUGAAGUCAAGGACAUUGUAGGCGGAUCUACAUCAUCUAAAGUUGCUGUGACAGAAGACUCAUAUUUCUCACCUGGUUCAACAAUAUCUUCGAUGUAUAACGAUACAUUAGUGGAUGACGAUGAUGAUACAUCUUCAGAAUCUGAUGUCGCUUAUUUCCUUAUGAGAUGGUUUGCCUAUGUUGAUGUCAUUGGGGCGAUAUCAGCAACUAAACACUCAGAAAAUUAUCUUUCACAUAAGCAAGGUGAAGAUUUAUAUCAUAAUAAUAACGGUGAGCAAAUAGAGGGAUACAAAUCGGGACAUAUUGAUCGUUUAUUAGGAUUUGAUCUUAUAUUUUUACCCCUUUUGGCAGAUGUUGCUCUACUCAUUAGACAAACCAAUCAGUAUCUAUUAACGUCAGGCUCAAGGUCGAAUAUGUUACCAGUUUCAUUGAUAUCCAGAGCAUUAGAGACAAAGGAAAGCUUGAGUUCUGCAUUCGCUACAGGAGAAAAUAAAAGACAAGAAAGGUUAGAAAGAGUAAUACGGAAAGCGAAUAUUACAAAGCAACGUUUGGAGGGUCCUCGCUGCGCACCAGCAGAUACAACAAACAUUUUACGUAAGGAUUCUAUCUUGAGGAGUACAAAUAAAAUCUUUUUCAAUAUGGGAUUAUUAAAUUUGUAUAGAAGGGUACUUAUGGUGGAAAGAAAAUCUAGUCUUAUUCAAGAUUUAUGUGAAGAAAUUGGUGACAUAUUACAACUAAGCAUCGAGCCUAAAUCUCCAGCAGAGAUUUGCUCCAUCUUUUGCACAUUUUGUGCUGCUUGUGAAUCUACUAAUAUAUCUAUGCAACAAUUAUUUCACGCAAGGUUCACAACAUUAGCUGAAAUGGGACUCACAAAUGCAAAGAAAAGUUUGGAGAUUAUGGAAAGAUGUUGGGAAACUGGGGCAGAUUGGAUGUAUGUGGCAAAUGAAUUAGACAUUGAUAUUACCUUGCUUUAA